AGGUGCGGAAAUCUUCCCUUAGGUAGGAAAAGGAAUUUCUUGACCUUCAGAAGCUUCGAUUUCAAGGCUCUGGUGAGGCAAUGCUUUGAGGAACAACUCGUUCAAACUCUUCUGUUUCAUUUGUGAAUGGAGAUCAUUUUCUCAAAAGCUUGAAAGAUACCUGUCUGAGGAUGAAGUGGAUGUGGGUGAUACUGAUGUGUUUGAUGGUGAGUUGUGUUUCGAGUGAGGGAAAUGUAACGGAUGGUGCGGAGGAAGAUCCUGUAGAGACUUUCGAACAGGCUGAAAAAAAUUUGAAAGCUGAUGUUGGAAAUGUGAUAAAGAAACUCCUUCCGCAUCUUUUAAGGGGAGGGUCGGAAGCUAAAAUAUCGGGGCCAUGUACAUCCAGUAUUAUGAAGAUUAUUGGUGGAGUUCGUCAGCUGAAAGAGUGGGCGUUAAGAUUCAUUGAUGCUACGGGUAAGAUACCAUCAGGAAUACUGGAAGGAACGUCCGUUUCACUUGGUGACUACGAUGAGUGUCUUGAUAUUGAAGUUGGCAAGAAGGAUGUGCAACCGAAGAAGCCAGACGAUGUUUUAUUCCGGGGUCAAUACUGCUUACUUGAAAACCACAGACCCGAAUCAAUACAAAGAGCAAUCGACGAUUUUCAAAAUGGAAAUAAGGAAACACCAAUUUCUAAAACCAAAACUUUUUUGAAUAUGCUGGUAAAAUACAAACACUUGACUAAUUCUACGUUCAAGUUGGGAAUUUGCGUUCCAUCUAAAUGUACCGAAGAAGAUGUGAGAAAUAUACUGAGUUCUGAAACUCUACGCCCAAUUGGAAAGAUUGAAGUCUCAUACUGCGAAGUAAAAGAAGAAAAGGAAAAAACAAAUGGGGAGCUCAUUUUACUAUGUGUUGUUGGAAUAUUUGUAAUAUUCAUGAUUGUAGGAACAGUAUUGGACAUGUAUUUUAGAUUGAUAAAUGAAAGCACUCAAAAGGAGAAAACCAAACCACUAACUUGUUUACAGAAAGUAAUAAGUAACUCAUCGAUUUAUGGAAAUGCUAUAAAAGUCUUAAGUACGAAGAAUUAUCAUGAAAAUCUCUCAUGCCUUUGUGCGAUUCGCCCAAUUGUUGUUAUUUUAAUAAUUUAUGGCCAUACCUAUGGACAUCUGAACAUCCUGCAUUUCCAAAAAUUCAGUAAGGCAGUAAAUUUCACUCGGUUCUUUGAAAGUUUCUUCUUCUCUGGAAUAGCAAACGCUUCUGUAGGAGUAGAUACCAUUUCGUUUCUAGCAGCAGUUACUAUUACAUACAACGGGUGGAGAUAUUUGCAGGAAAAAGAGAAAGCAAAAUUCUCUUUAAUUAAAGUCUUUUUUCUCAGAUAUUUUAGAUUAUCAAGCGCACAACUAGUGACAACGAUCCUGUUUUUAUUAUUUCCACUUUUGGGCUCUGGGCCUUUAUGGCAUGGUUACACCGGUCAGCCAUUAGAGAUGUGCCGUAAAAACUGGUGGAUGAAUUUCCUUUACAUCAAUAACUUUAUGAAAUCAACAGAAAUCUGUUUGUAUCAUACAUGGAUUCUUGCUCUAGUUAUGCAACUAACACUGCUGGGAGUCAUUAUAACAUGGGUUCUAAAAAAGUCAUCCAAAUUUGGGACAUUGCUGAUGAUACUUAUAAUAAUAUCUGGAAUAGUUGGAGUAGGAGCGAUGACUAUUAUUCAUCAAUUACCAGGAAGCCUGGCAUUUUUUAUGCAUGACCAUAAAUCAUUUCCUAUAGCGUGGCGAGAUAUAUAUCUUCUACCGUACGACCAUAUGGGUCCAUUUUGCAUAGGACUUUCUGUAGGAUACUUUCUUGCUCUAAAGAAAGACAAGCUUGAAAUUAGUAAGCUGACCAGUAUGUUUCUCUGGUGUCUGUCUCUCGGAUGCAAUAUCGCAGUUAUGUUUGGUUUAUAUGGUUAUAGACAUGGAGACAAAAUGAAUCUUUCACUAUCCACCUUUUAUGCAGUUAUGAACAGAAAUGUAUGGGCUUUAGGCAUUGGUUGGAUUGUCAUUGCGUGUACAACUCAUCACGCAGGACCUGUUUCUCGAGUGCUGAAAGCGAAGAUAUUUGUUCCUUUGGAUCGCUUGUGCUAUUUGGCAUACCUGUUGCAUAUCCCAAUCAUGUUCUUCCACAGUGGAGUUACACGAGAUACAUGGUUUAUGGGACAUCUAGAAAUGUUUUUUCUGAGUAUUGCAUACUCGUUCGUGUCAUUUCUGUGCGCCUUCUUCGUCUACAUAUUCUUUGCCAGUCCUUACUUUGCAUUAGAAGAACAUAUCUUAUCACUUUUCAUAAGGAAGAAAAAGGAAAACGUAAAGCCUACAAACGGAUACACUCCCCGAAAUGUAUCAGUUAUUACUUUAGAAGAUACCAACGUGCAAUUAACUGCAUGAAUUUUUUAAAGUAUUUAAACAAUUUAUUUGGACUUAUGCAAAAGUGCUCAACUGAUAUAACACGUUCUUCAAAGAAAGUGAACACUUGUAAAUAGUUGAUCUAUUUAAAUAUUUGGUAUAAUCUCAACUAUGUAGUAUUGUUUUGGGAUAUUUUAUGGAGAAAUAUGUUGGGUGAUUCAGACCUAUUGUUCAAAAGUAUACACGUCGGCAAAAAACAUGAUAACAAAUAAGAACUAUAUCAUAGAUCUAGAAUCAAUCACAAUUUAGACAUCUUAUGUAUAUGAAUGCUACAUAUCUUGGAUAGGUGUUUUAUUGGCCUAACUGAAUCCAUUCUGUCAUCACCUAGCUCAUAAAAUAUAUCUCUGGUAAAUAUUUUCCGGGGUUAAGUAUAAAUCCUUGAACUUGAUAUCCCAGAGGAAUUGGACAAGGAUUUGAUGUUAUGAAUCAUUUUUACAAGUAGAGAAAUUGCCCAUGAUCCAGACAUUCUUGCGGACGUUUAUAAAUCAGUUCAUCAACGUUCUUGCAAAGCUUGUGUUGCAGCCUUAGGCCUUAAAUCGAACAUAUGCUUUGAAACUCUCUUUUAAACGAAAAUGUAGAGUAAACAAGUUAUUGUACAGUAAAAUAUAUAUCAUUAUCUUUGGCCUGUCUCGCAUACUUCUAUUUCUGGCUUCGUGGAAAUGUAGUAUAUCUGCAUAUUAUCGAUCUAAUAUUUCUACAUAAUUCUUGUGGCGUGGAUGUGUGGAUAUUGUGUUUAUAUGGACCUGACAUGUAGAGUUCCAUGUCAUCUACAUGUCACAUCUUAACAUGUAAAUUUUUGAACAGUAGUUUUAAAUCACCCAGUAAUUAUAUCGCACACUGAAGUCAUAAAUCUGCAAGAUUUAUGCAUCUCUAGCAGAAAAAAAACAAUCUUUUAACAUCAUCAUAUAUUUCUUACCAUUUUUUCAACGAAGCAAAAGAUAAACUUUUUAUCUUAUUAGCAACAGAUGAGUUUUUAUCUUAUUAGCAACAGAUAGGUCUGUCGUUAUUAAAAUAUAAACGAUAGACUGAAGUUGUGAAUGGACAGUUGAACAUUUAAAAAGUUUCAGGCUGCAAAUUGUACUUUAUAAACAAUUCAUUAUUCAGCAGGUCUGAAAUACUUUACUGUGUUAACUUGUAAGUGAGAUAUAUAAUGAGAAUUUGUAAAGAUUCGAGUAAGAAUCUUCGAGCAAAUUGAAUACAAAAUUUCGUUGAGUUACUAUAUUUAUGAGUAAUUUCGUCGAGUCAAAAUUUCCUUUUAAUAAGGAAUACCUAAAUUUGGUGAAUUUAAUAAUAAAUUCGCAUAAAUAAGGAUUUUCUGGUUUCUAUAAAUAAAGUACUUUUCAGCAUCAGGAAUUUCAUCAAAUAGGGAUUUCUUAUGAUUGGAUUAUUUUGGUAAAGCUUAUUAAAAUUUAUAAGAAAUGUGAAUAAAAAUUUCCUACGAAUAUAGAAUUUAGAUAGGUAAUUCAUAUGAAUGGGAAAUUUUUUAAAUGAAAGUAUUCUUAAGAUAAAAUUUUCCUAAGUACAAGUAUUUCCCAAUAAAUAAGGAAAUUUGGUAAUUUUUUAUAUUUGAAUUCUUGAUAUAUUACAUUUACAGAUUUAACUGUAGUUAAAACAAAUUUAUUGUUACCUUUCGAAAUAAAAUAAUUAGGAUGAAACCAGAAACUUAUAACUGAGUUUAAUUUUUAAAAAUCAACAAUUAUGAUAUUAUUAGGGAAAAAGAAAGAUGGUUUUAACACAAAAAAUAUUAAAAUCAAAUGAUGUAAUAAUUGAAUGUAAUGCUUAAAAAAUUUUGAUUAUAGUUUAAUGUUCUAGCAAUUUCUGUGUACAAGGAUCAAUAUAUUACUAUAAUUAUUAUAUUGUAUGCUAAUGUAUCUUUAUACUGAAUAUAUUAUGUGUGUGUUUUAUGUUUGAGUUCAAGAGUUUGCCUAGUCAAAUCGGUGUUUGAAUAACCUCUCAACAUUUUUAAGACCUUCAAUACUUCCAAAAAUAUUUAUAUUUAAUAACGAAACUGUUUAAUGGUGAGCAAUUAAAAAAAAGUCUCUCCAUCAGUUUCGUGAUCAAAAAAAAUCUUGAUUUUAAUUUUAUCUUUGUUUUCAUUCAAUUUCACAGAAAAUUCCAUAUCAUGCGCGCUUUUAAAAACUUAAACAUGUGCUAAAAUACAAAAAUUCAUUGUCUGUUCCACUAUUGAAGGGAUUAUAAUAUAAUAUUCCUGGUAAAAGCACCAUUAUUUUAUUAAAAUAUAUAUUUAUUUAUUUUAUUUUAAAUACCAUAAACAUGUACAUAUUUUUUAUUAAAAAAAUAUUUUUCUUUUUUACGCUUAUUCCACUGCCAAGCUUUUCAGUUAGUGCAUAUAAUUAAAAAUAACAAUCUAUUUUAUAAGCAAGCGUAAUAUUUUUCUAGUUAAAAUGUGUUUAGUUUUAAUUUCUUAAAAAUUAAAAUUCAUUUAAACAAAAUGUUUUGCUUUAAAUUUUUUAAAUGAAAAACCUUUAUGAUUAAAUUUAAUGUUUUUGUGUACAUCAAUUACAGCAAUGUAUGUGAAACAGUUAUUCGUAAUUGAAAGCUUGCAGAAAAAUCUUGUUAAGUGAAAAUUAAAGAAAAACAAACGAAGAGUAUGCACGUGUGAUGAUUAGCUGUAAGUAUGGAAUAUUGCGUUUCUUCUACCAUGUUUUAAAAUAAAGUGGAUGUAAACUAAAAAUAUUUUUCCGUAAACAUUUACCCGGUUCUUAUAGUUAAAAGAGAUUCUUAUAAAAGCUAUUUUUUAAACUUCAUUAAAAUUUCACAUAACAUGAUUUUUCAAUGAAUUUUCCGAUUGAACUAUUGUUAUAACUGUUUGUCAAAAGCUGUUUGUUUGUUUGUUUGUUUGUUAAUAAAAAUUUGUGAUCUA